AAAGAGCGUUCGGGAGCUCUCAGACCACACCUGCCUCCACCUGCCCCACAGCUGGCCCCACCCCACCCUCCUAGCCCGCUGGAUUUGCAAAAGAGAAAAUCAAGCAGGCACAAACAAUAACCGACCUGGUGCGUUUCCUGGCAUCCGGCGACUGUUUGGUUAAGAGCUUCCUCCCUCUUCGUCGUGUACCUGCUGGGCACGCCUGACCUCCUCUGGCCCUCACAGGCAGCUGGUCACCAGCGCAGCAGCGCCCUGGGCAGACCCCACCUCCACCCCGCCUGCGGGGAGCACCUCGCUCACUGCCUUCGGGAGCCAGGAGGCAGGCGGGCACAGUCUCUCCAGCCCCGGGCCCCAGCCGCUGGCUCCUGCCCGCUCCAAGUCACCUUUGCUCCAGCUCCUCCUGGGGGCAGCCGGAGCAGACCCAGAACCCCCUCCCCGCUCAGCUCCGCAGGAACCAGGAACCGGGCCCUAUUGGGCAAUCAUUAAUCGGAUUCUUGACAUUCCUGGGUCCAGUUGGCCUGAGAAGCAUGUUCCCCGGAGGUGGAGGAGGAGGAGGAGGAGGAGGUGGAGGAGGUGGAGGAGGAGGAGCAGAGUCCCCGGACUGGCAUUUCAACAUGCAGCUGAGCACGGACAAGGUGGUGCUGUCUGCGGCGGCCCUGCUGCUGGUCACUGCAGCCUACCGGCUAUACAAGUCCAGGCCUGCCCGGGCCCCGCUGCAGGGCGGGCCCAGCCAAGCCCCUGCUGAAGAGGAAGCAGAGGGCCUGGGGCGGUCUGCCACACCGGGGGCUGCGCCCCGGGCCUCCUCCUUGGGGCUGAGACGCCGCAAGGGAAGCCAGGGGGCUGGAGCACCUCCAGGCUGCAGCGAGGAGGAGCCAGGGGGCGCCCAGGGCCUGGAGAAGGGCGCCUCUCCCGGAGACGAGAAGCCCGAGAGGAGAGAUGCCGAGAGGCGGCCGAGCAGGCAGCGCCCAGACGCGGGCCUGGCGCCUCCUCCCUGCAGGGCCCAGGAAGCAGGAGUCGCGGCUGGCGGUAAGCCCAAGCUGCCCCGACACCCCCACCUGGGCAGUGAACCCAAACAUUCCCCAACCAGCCUCCAGGCAGCGGGCAGCAGUGAUGGGGACGUGGCCCCCGUCCCAGGGCCAGAUGACAGUGCCCCGAGCCAGCCCGGGGUGGGGGGGCCUGUGUCGCCCCAGCAGCGCCCACCCACCCCCCCAGAAGACGUCCGUGACACGAACACGGUCUUCCCUGGAGCCACCAGGGUCUGCAAGGAAGAGGCAGGAACCCUCCAGACCUCCGGCCCGGCACUUCCUCAGCAGGAAGGAGCCACCAACGCCUCCUACAGCUUCUCGUCCGUGGCCCGGGUCCGAGUGGAGGAGAACUUCCUCCGGGAGAAGGCAGAGGGCAGCCAGCCCCGGCUGAAGGGCAAGGUGUACGACUACUACGUCGAGUCCACGUCCCAGGCGACCUCGGGGCUGGCCCUCGGGCCAGAGGCCCUGGCAGAGGCGCCCGGCCCUGGGCCAGGUCCCCAGGCCCCGGAGGCAGCCAGGAAAGGCCAGGCCAACGCGACAGGGGGUGGGGCCCCGGCGGCGGCUGCCGAGUCCCCGCGGAGCCUGGGCAGGAAGGACAGCCUCCUCCAGAUCGUGGAGAACCCAGAGCUACAGCUGCAGCUGGACGGCUUCGGGGCGCCCGCACAGGCCUCCCCAGUCCUGUCCGCCCAGUCCGGCCUCCCCGCAGCCCUGCAGGCCCCGGAGUCCGGGGCGGCCAGCGGCUGCGAGGAGCCGCGAGUGCAGCUGGUAGCCAGGACCAAUUUCUUCCACCUGCCUCAGCCCACGGGCCUGGCCCCGGAGGUGCACCUGGAUCUGGGCAACUGCUGGGACGUGCUGACCUUGGCCAAGAAGCAGAACCUGGAGGCCCUCAAGGAGGCGGCCUACAAGGUGAUGAGCGACAACUACCUCCAGGUCCUGCGCAGCCCCGACAUCUACGGCCGCCUGAGCGAGCCGGAGCGGGACCUCAUCCUCCAGCGACGGCUGCGGGGCCGCCCGUGCCUGGUGGUGGCCGACGUGUGCCCGCAGGAGGACUCGGGGCGCCUCUGUUGCUACGACGACGAGCAGGACGCCUGGCACCCGCUGGCCCACCUGCCCCCGGAGGCCGUGUCCCAGGGCUGCGCCCUCUGCAGCCUCUUCAACUACCUCUUCGUGGUGUCGGGCUGCCAGGGGCCCCGCCAGCAGCCCUCCAACCGAGUCUUCUGCUACAACCCGCUGACGGGCAUCUGGAGCGAGGCCGGCCCGCUGAACCAGGCCCGGCCGCACUGCCGCCUGGUGGCCCUGGACGGCUGCCUGUACGCCAUCGGGGGCGAGUCUCUGAACACGGUGGAGCGAUACGACCCGCGCCUGGACCGCUGGACGCUGGUGGCGCCGCUCCCCAGCGACACCUUCUCCCGGGCGCACACGGCCACCGCGGGCGCGGGGGAGGUCUUCGUCACGGGGGGCGGCCUGCACUACCUGCUGCUCCGCUUCUCCGCCCGGGAGCAGCGCUGGCGGGUCAGCCCCACGGCGGGCAGCAAGGACCGCACGGCCGAGAUGGUGGCGGUGGACGACUUCCUCUACCGCUUCGACCUCAACGGCAGGCUGGGCGUCAGCGUGCACCGCUGCAGCCCCAGCGCCGGGCUGUGGUACGAGUGUGCCACGCACCGGACGCCGUUCCCGGAGGCCUUCCAGUGCGCCGCGGUGGACAGCCUCGUCUACUGCGUGGGGCGCCGGCACACCCUGUGCUUCCUGGCCAGCCACGUCUCGCCCAGAGUAAAAGCCCUCUUGGCUCUUUCUCGUGACCUGGAGCCCGAGUGUCGGGGGAGGAAGCGACGCCACCGCUCUUCAACAUCCCUUUGGGAAACAGCCGGGGCUGCGGUCUACUCAGAACUCAGACGAUUCUGCCAGUGAGGUCCAGGAGAGACUUUGCAGGCCGUUCCCCUAGCCACUGGCCGUCGGCCCUUCACCAGGCGGGCCUGGAGGGAGACUGAGGGCCUAACUGGGCUCAUGUGACAGGAGACCCCCAAGGAGGGGCAGGGCCAUGUGCAUGGAGGGACUUUAGGAGCGUCUAGUGGGCCUGGGGAAGUCUGGGCUCCCCGCCUGCAUCAGAUUUGGUAAAUUCUCAAAGGAACCAAGAACUGCAACAUCGGGAAGUUCCAGCUCACCGGGACAAAAGGGACGUGGGACGGGGGGUGGGGGGCAGAGAGGAAACAGGGGUGCUCAGGGGUCCAGUGAGAGCCAGGGCUGCUGCUUCUAAAGAGCCAGACAGCAGCAUGCAGAUGGUAGGUGGCCCUAGAGGCGGCCCCAGGCGCGAGAGGAGGCUUUGGGCUCAGCCCCGCUGCUCCAAAAGGGCCGAGGUCCACACGUGCUCUCCUCUGCCUUCGGGGUGAACGAGAGCCGCUGGGGAAAUUCCCUCUCCCGGGUGCCGGGGAGCGUGUGCUCCCCGCAUCUGCCCGUGCAGAGCCCGGGGGUCACGUGGGAAGAGGCAGGACUGGAUGGAAGAAUGGGGAGCAGGUGGGCAUGGAGAUGAGACCCCCUUUCCUGGGUGGCACGGGGCCCCUCCGCCUUCCUCGUGCAGCGGGCGGGAGGCUGCUGGGCCUGUUCCUGAGUGGGAGGUGGCCGAGGCUGCCAUGGCCCGUGGGCCACAGAUGCCUCCACGCCCCACCCAGGCCCUGCUCAGCUUCAGCCCCCAGAGGCAGGAGCCUCUGAGGAGCCCAUGGCAGGGACUGGGGGGCGGAACCCCCCCGUGGCCUACAGGGAGCACUGGCAUAUAAGGGUGCCAGCUGGAGCGGGGAGAGGGGAACCUCCCUUGGUAGUUGGAGGGGUGGCAGGUGAGUCCAGGUCCAAACUCCCGGGGAGUGGGGGCUGAUGAAGCAGAGGGGAGGGAACAGGACGACACCCCCGCUGGGUCCCGAGUGGAUCCAGCCGCUGGCUCACAUCCUAGGGAGUAAGGGGUCGCUCUGGGCACCCACUCAGAAGCCCCCUACAAACCUACCCCAGGGACUAGGCAAAGAGUUGCAAGGCACAAGGCAGUGACCUUGACCCCAGGGGUGGAUAGCCGAGGGAGAGGUGGGCCUGUGGCUCCAAGGCAGACCUCACCAAUCGAUCCUCCGCCCAGCUCUGCUGAGCCCUUGCACUCCGCGCUGCCGUAGCUAGCCGUUCACCGACAGAUAGGAGCUGGCUCUCAGCAGGGUCUCAGGGUGUAGGGGGGUGGGAGGGGCCCAGGCUAUUAUGGGCAGCUCCCAGGGGCAGCCAAGACCACCUGGCCCAGCAGUCAGGACUCAUUGCCAGAUAUGGAGCCAGCCACCACUUCCCAGGUGCUGGAGCUGCAGCCCGCCCCUGGCCUAGAGGGAAAAGACUGGCAGUUGUAAACAAAUACACAAAGAGAUGAAAAGAACCCACCCCCACCCCGUAGGGCCCCGAGGAAGGCCCAGCACGGCGGCGGGAAGGACCCGAGAGCAGGGCCUGCACGGACCUUGGUUCAUGAGGAGAUCAGAAAGGCCAACCUUUCUGCCCCCAGAAGAGCUGUGCCACGCAAGGGCUGGGCCGGGGGGGAGGGGGGUGGGACGCAGGACCCUGCCAAGUGACGGCCCGGCAGUGAGCUAAGAGGGCAGGAGUCCAGUUGUUCCGCAACAGCCUUUCAAGGGGAAGGACACCCCUUCCACCACACUCGUCCCUGAGGUUCCGUGGACGUUGUGGAUGAGCCUCACCCCGUUUGCACACCGAGGGCUGCGAGUCGCCUCGUUCCCAGGCUAUCCCAGAAGCCUGAGUGUGUGGUGGAGGCCGCCUGCCGUGGCACUGCCCGAGUUCUAGUCCUAGAGGUCAAACUGGCAUGCUUGACCUUGCUGAGUAGAGUCUGGUUGACCCUUAGCCUCUCACCUCUGCGUGACCUGAGUGUCACUUGGCUUCAGCCCGGGUGGUGAACUCUGCUUUCCCAAUAGAAGCAUUUUCUGCUUCAGGCAUUAAAAAUAAAUAAAUAAAUAAAUAAACCUUGGCAUUGGACUUGCUUUCCAUGUUAGGCCAGCCAUGCCAUUAGAGGGGGAAAAAAAAUUAGAAAAUGGAGAUGAGUAUAAAAAAAUUAAAAAAAAAGAAAUCUCCCCAAUUUCCCCACCCGGAGACAGCCCCCGCUGCGGUGCAAGUCCCUCCGUCUGUUUCCCUCCGUGGAUAAUUCGUGUUUGGCUUGAUUUCCGCGUAGGUGUGAUUAUGCUGAAUAUACAGUUCCGUCGCUUCCUCUUUUCACUUAGCUGUUGAGAAUAAGCGUUUUCCCGUGUUAUUACAAACCCUCGGUAAACAUCAUUUCAAUACUUGCACAAUAUUCCAUCCCGUGGAAGGGACCAUGGUUUAUUUAAACACCCCCUCCUGUCAAGCCGGUAGAUAUAUUUUUCUGUUGGCUUCUUUUUCUUUCAUAAAUAAAACGUCCUUUGUCUCUCUGUGCCUCUCUGUCUGGGGCCUCCUUCCGUGUUUACAGGAGCAGCCCCGGCUCCCUCCUUCCCACGACAGAAGGGGUGUGGGGACGGCUGUGGCAGCAAGGGGCAGUCUCCUGGGCCCCCCUCUCCCUGCACAGAAUUAUAGAAGGUGCCCGUGAGACUGCAAGGCUGACCGGAGGGUCCAUCGUCUGGGCCCUGCCCAGGGGUGCUCCGGGGGCCGGAUGUCAGACAGAGCCGCCGACAGGGAGUGCCCGCUCUGCACCCUCCUGGCCCCAGACUGACUCUCCCAAUCCUCCCAUCAAACACCCCGCCUUCCAGGUGAGCAAGGAGGCUCCAAGGGCCCAGGAAAGCUGCCUCUGUGUCCUUCAAAGAACAUUUAGACAAGCUCU